CAAGCCCAUGUCUGAGUCAUUUUAGGUUGUAUCGUUGUGUUGUAGCCAGUUAUCCACAGACGAACCUGUCGUCUGUUUAGUUAAUUUGUUCAUAACUUUAUUCAGCAUCCCUUUCAAAAUGUCGGGGGAGCACAAGACUGUGAUCAAGGGGAAUUCGUCAAAAUAUGUGAAGUUAAAUGUCGGAGGUUCCUUGCAUUACACGACGAUAGGAACCCUAACCAAACAAGACACCAUGCUGAGAGCAAUGUUCAGCGGCAGGAUGGAGGUUCUCACUGAUUCUGAGGGCUGGAUCCUAAUUGACAGAUGUGGCAAACACUUUGGCGCCAUAUUGAACUUUUUGCGGGAUGGAAGUGUACCGCUGCCAGAGACCCGUAGGGAGCUGAGAGAACUGCUUCAGGAAGCCAAAUAUUACUGUGUCCAGGAACUAAUGACCAUUAUAGAGCAAGAAGAUGAAAAACGGUACAAAAAGAAACCCGAUGAAGUGGAACCAAUCUGCCGUGUACCCCUGAUUACCUCCCCUAGGGAAGAACAGUCAAUAGUUACAACAUCAACAAAGCCAAUUGUGAAACUCAUGUGUAACAGGCACAACAACAAAUACUCGUACACAAAUCAGUCAGAUGACAACUUACUGAAGAACUUGGAACUAUUUGACAAAUUAUCGUUACGCUUCAAGGACAGAGUGCUCUCUGUAAAAGAUGUGAUAGGGAGCAAUGAGAUAUGUUGUUGGUCAUUUUAUGGACAUGGACAGAAAAUUGCAGAGGUGUGCUGCACUUCCAUUGUCUAUGGCACAGACAAAAAGCAUACAAAGGUUGAAUUUCCAGAGGCCAGGAUAUAUGAGGAGACCUUGAACGUUCUGCUGUACGAGAACAGAGACAAAGGCCCAGAUGAGAGUCUGAUGCAGGCCACCAGGGGGCACACUGUGGGGGUAAGCGGUUACCAUAGUGACGAUGAACCUGAAGAACGCCAUGACCGGGACAGAGGAGAUCGGACUCGACGAAAGUAACACCAGGCAGGAUCACAUUUGUGAAGAAGUUGUGUGAAAGUUUCAAAAUGUUUUGAACAUUUUCUAAUGAUGUCAAUCAAAAUUGAGUCUCAUGGGCACUGAAAUUGUGAAAUAGUGGAUUUUCAUGCUAGUGUCAUAUAAUUGAGGUUUUAUGUAAGUUAUGAUGUAUUACAGAGAUUAAAUUGUGAUACUUGUAGAAUGACGCUGUCCCGUGCUGUAUGAACAUUGCACAAAUAGGAAGCUGACUUUAAUUAGUAAGUCAUGCAAAUCAUAAAUAAAAAGAAUAUUUUCAUUUAAU